CAUUAUUGUGUGUCCUCUCCCUUUUCUUCAUUCAUUUCGCUGUUCUUUUUUUUUCUUUCUUUCUUCUUUGAUUUUUUUUUAUAUCUCUCUCUUUUCUUUAUUUUUUUUUUUCUGAUCCAUCAUGGUAAAAAUCCCUGGACCUCGUACUUCUUUGAUGAUGAUCAUUGCCAUGACUACAAUAGUACAAGCUAUGCCUUUGAAUCAUCAUAAUGUGAAAAAGGCAAAACAGAUUGGAAAAGAACCAAGACAAACUGCCGAUUCGACGGAUACUACUGCUCAAUCCUCCGCUUCCAGUACUGACAAGAUUCGCCCUGGUAUUUUAACCACUUGCAAUAAUGCGAAUCACUUUGCCUUGACAUUUGAUGAUGGUCCUUAUAUUUAUUCCUCAGAUUUGAUUGAUUUGCUUCAAAAAGAACAAGUCACAGCCACCUUUUUUGUGAACGGUAACAACUACUGGAACUCUCCUUCCGAUAUUAAUCCUAUCUUACAAAAAGCCGAUGGUGCCGGAUUUGAAAUUGCAAGUCAUACAUAUACACAUCCUCAUCUUAGUAGUCUAUCUGAUGAUCAAGUCAAAGAAGAAAUGGCUAAUAAUGAAAAGGUGAUUCAUGAUGCCAUUGGAAAAUAUCCAGCAGUGAUGCGACCUCCUUAUGGUGAAUUGACGGAUGAUCAAACUAGAUUGAUGAAUCAAUGGGGCUACACAGUAGUGACCUGGUCUAUUGAUGUUCAAGAUUGGCAAGAAGGUCAAACUGUGGAUGCUGAAAUGAAUAUUGUUACAGAUGCUUUGAAUGACCCUGCUAGUCAUAAUAUUAUCUUGGAACAUGAAGUUUACCAACAAACAGCUGUAGACCUGGUACCAAAAAUCAUCGACUAUGUAAAGUCGAAACAAUUGACUUUUGUUACCGUGGCUGAAUGUCUGGGUGUGGACGCUUACAAAGAUACUGGUAUUUAAGUUGAAAUCUAUUCACUCUUUUAUAUUUGAUUAUCCAUUAUAGUUUAGUUUAGUUUAGUUUUUUUUGUUUAGUAUUUAGUUUAUCAAACUGUUUUUCUUUUUUUUUAUAUCUUUAUUGUAUCUACUAUUGUACUUUCAAAUAAAGGAUUUACAACUCUUUCUUUUUUCAGGGUAUACAGAAAAAAAAAA